GUAAAUAUUGUAUGGUGACAUGGCGCUCAAUGUUUUGUUUAUAUUUUGUUUAUUGUUAAAUGUUUUAGCGGAAGCCGACCAGGUGUGUGAUAUAGCAAAUGUUCAGAUUGAAAAUGAAGAUGGCAGUCGACAGGUUUUUGAAUUAAAGCGUCUGCUACCUCAGAAGGAUAGCCCAUGCUUGUUGUGUUCUGGAAACGAUCCCGGAAUUAGAACAUGGGAGAUAACUCCGCUUAGUUUCAAUGUUGUCUUGUCACAAGGAGAACUUAUCAAUGAAUGUGAAAAUGAAAACCAUAAUUUACCAGCAGGACUGUGUUUACAGAAACCUGGAGAAGAAUACUGUACAAAAGGAGACAAAGAUGUUCCACAAUGUCUAUUUCAUGAUCCACAGGUCAUGGCAGAGGAAAUUGUUGCAAGAAAUUUGGUUCCAAUGGCAACUGGGAAUACCGUUAUAAAUAAUAAAUUAGCUUUAGGUAUUGUACAUUUAAACACUGGUUCAUUUGAUAAAGCCAUUGCUAUAUUUACAAAUAUAUUAAAUCAAAAACCUAAAACAACGGCAGCUUAUUAUGGUAGAGGUGUGGCUUAUUCUAGAAAAGGUUUAAAUACAGCUGAGAACGCUAUUCAAGCGUUGGCUGAUUUUACACAAGCCAUACAAAAAGAUAAAACACAACCUGAUAGCUACGAACGUCGGGCUGAAGUAUAUACAAGUCUUGGAGAAUAUCAAGAGGCAUACAAUGAUUUAACAACUGCCAUACAAAAACGUCCAACAGAAAAAACUUAUUUUAUGAGAGGAGUCCUUGGUUUACUUCUAGAGGAUUUUGGUUUAGCAGAAGAAGAUUUUCGUCGUAAUUUAGAAUCUGAAGGAGAAUUACAUAUUAUGUCAUAUUUUCAUCUAGGUGUAGCUUUGUAUUAUAGAGGACGUGUUCGGAAUGCUAUUGAAGUGUUUAAAGAAGUAUUAAAAUUAAGACCUGACCAUAUUGAUGCUUGCACUAGUUUAGCUCAAGCUUUUAGGGAAUUGGGUAAUUUAAAGGCAGCUAGUACCAGAUUUAAUCAGUCCUUUAGUAUGGACUCGAACCAUGUAUUAACACGACAGUUACACGGUUCCAUGUUAUAUAGUAAUGGUCAACCUAAACAAGCCUUACAAGAAUUUACAAAAUGUAUAGAAUUGGCAGAAAACAAUAUUAAUUGUCAGUAUAUGCAGAGUUUAUCGUAUAUGGCAGUAGGGCAAUUUUAUCAGGGAGUUAAAGCAAGUGCUAAAGUUCUAAUUAAAAAUACAACACCUAUAAAAAUGUCACCUGAAUUUAUGAAAGCUCAUUAUUUAAAAGAAUAUGGCCGUUAUAUACAUUCCAAAUUAGAUUCACCAUUAAAAUAUUUUACACCAGAAAAAGAUUUUGAUUCGGAGUUCAGAGAACAAUGGGUUAAGAUAUUACCCUUUAAAUUUAAAACUACAUAUAAAGAACAACCAGGAUUACAACCAGAAAUAAGUGAUGUUAAAGAACACACAUUAACAGACUAUAGUGAAGAUGUUAGAAAGUUAAUCUGUCAAGCUGAGAAACUUGGUUCUAUAACCCAGGUUAAAGCUGAUGGUUUUACUCCUAACCGAAGAUUAAAUCUAGCCAUGGGUAUUGCUACAAUACAUAUAGCACAAUAUUUAGAGACAAAAUGGAAAAAUUUUAAAAACAGUAAAGAAAGGUUAUCAUGGAAAGAAUUAUACCGUAUAGCAGUACAGUAUCGUCGAUUGGUUGAUCCAGAACAACCAGUAUUUUGGGUUGAUACUUUACCCGAACAUAACACACCUGAUGGAAUACGAUCUGACGUCAACUUUGUCAGGGGUUCUGUGGUUAAUUUACGUGUAAUGCAGUAUUUUGAUUUAGUGUUUAAAUUAGCUAAAACUAUGUUAGAACAUUACACAGGUGAAGAAGCUAUUAUCUAUCCAGGUUUACAUGAAGAUGUGAAUAAUGCUAAAACAUGUGAAGAUCUUCUAAUGGUUGCUAGAAAACGACAGAUAAAUCCACAUGGUUUUCUGGUAUCAACACAAGUUCCAAGUACAGCUAAAAGUAAGGAAGAUAAGAGACUGGAUGGUUCUGUCUUGGUUCUAUCUAGAGACCUGAAUGAUAGAGUUGUGUUUGCAUUGAAUACAGCCAAUACAGUUGACAGAACAGCAGAUUAUUUUCUGGAGUUAGAUUUUUUAUUUAAUCAAAUACAGGAAGAAAUACGACGUAAUGGACCAAAUAAAAUAACAGAUAUAGAUUCUGUGUUGAAUAUAGUUCUAUCUAUGAUGUAUUAUUUCUAUAAUCUGAUGCCAUUAACCAGGGGAUCCAGUAUUGUAGCUUAUACAGUGGGUCUAGGUUUGAUGAUGUCAGUAGGUAGACAGGCAACAGGUAGAAUACCAAGUGGAAAGUUAUUGGAUCUAGAAGCCAUGUUAGCUGGGGCACCAGAUGCUUUUAUACUUGUAACUAAACAGUGGAUGAACAUAAAGAAAAAUAAUACAUCUACAUUGAAUUUACCACUGGUGAAUGAAGUGUUCCCUACAGUAAGAAGUGUAUUAGAAGUUUUAACUGUCGACAUAUCAACCUGUUCCUAAUAAUAAACAUUAUACACUCAAUAUUUUAUUAUUUAUUAAAGAGAUGUUAUGGUGAAUUUUAAUUUAUUUUAUGAUGAAGGCUUUAAGACACACUUAUUUUCACUCUUCAAUAUGUUAACUGAUUCUCUAGUUGAUUAAUAACAUAACAUUUCUAAUGGACAUCUUAUUAAGAUUUAUAUUUAAAGAGAAAUUACAAAACCAUUUAGUCAAAGAGUUACUUUUACCAAGAAAUGGCUGUUCUUCAAAAUGAUAUCUGAAAUUUGAUAUCACAGGUGGUUAUAAUAUCUAGUAUUAUAUCUGUGGAUAUAUAGCAAACUGAAAUUAAAUAGACUUAUAUACUUCUUAAGCUUCAUUUCAACUAUUUGGAUUGUAUGGUUAAAAAAAGAUCUGCUUAUUUUUUUAAAGAGGCAAUGUGACAGAAACCCCAAUGACAAUUUUGUUUUUUGAAUUAAACAAAAGUAAUUGUUUAUUAGUGAAUAAUUUAAUUGUACUGUCUUGAUGGUGUCAUUGUUUGUGUUUUGUGGUUCAGUUAAUCUGCAAAGUCUUAAUCUGCAAAGGAUAAAAAGGUGGAAAUCAAUGGACACAAUUCAGAAAUAUUUCAAAUUGAGUAUUGCGAUGACAGCAUAAAAUCUUUAGAAACCCAUGUCAGCUUCCAGUGAUCUUUUGAAAAGGAUUUUUUUGAUUAGUAAUUGUAUAGCCUUAAACUGUAUUUGAUUUUCUUUUAUUGAUGUGUUGUCUUUAAAAUACACCAUAGUGUCUCUUUAAUCUUUAUUAAAUGGCCCAUUUUUGUACGCCCACAUUUCAUGUGGACGAAAUUGUCUUCGCCUCUGUCCGUGUGGAUGUCUGUUCACCAUUUUGUUUGUGGUUCCGGUUAUUUUGGCAUGUAUCGGACUGUAACUCCAUGGAUUAUAGCCCCGGAUUGUACGAAAAAUCACAUUUUUAGCUUGUGGACAAUCUAGGGGUUAUAAUUUUUAUCCAGUUUUGGUUAAACUUGAAAUUAAUGUUUAUAACCCAUAUUGGUGCAUAUUGGACUGUAACUUCCUGGAUUAUGACCCCUGAUUGUUUGUAAAAUGGUGAUUUUAGCUUGUGGACCCUAUAAUUGUCAAUUUUUUCAGAUUUUAAAAAAUGUUCAAAUAUAUCACUGUUACAUGCUAAUGACGUUUGAGAUUGAAAAUAUGCUCGUCUGACCUAGGCUUAAGAGAUCACAUUUAUUAUCCAAUUUUAAUGAAGCUUAAAAUAUAUCUGUGUAUCCCAGAGAUCUAGGUUAUUGGCGCAUGUUUGACACUAAACUUCCUGAAUUAUGGCCCCGGAUGUACAAAAAAUUAUGUGUGGGGGUGUUUUUUAGCUCGCUCUUUGUCCAUCUAGUGCAAAAUGUGGGCAUAUCUUGCAAGGCAACCCACUUGUUACAUUAUUGGAUCAAGAUGAUCAUUCCUUUUGAUAUUUCCCACCAGGACUAUAUUACUAUACUAUGUAUAUGCAGUACUUAAAUAUAUUUAAUUUUAUUGACAAAACAAUUCUACUGACUAAUAAUGUUUAUUGAAUGUUUACAGUAAAAAGUUGUAUACUCUUGACAUCUGAAAAAACGGAGCUCAUCUGAAGAGUCGAAGUGUAUGGCAGCUAAUCUGGGCCCUGUUUCUCGAAAUCUUAACUAAAGAUAAAAUCCAAAUUUUAGUAGAUACUUCAAUUUUGAUUGGCUAAGCACUAAAACCAAUCUUUAAUUAUCCAAUUAAAUUACUAAAAUUUGGAUUUUAUCUUAGUUAGAAUUUUGUGAAACAGGUCCCAGAUUUAUAACCAAACAAUUAAUAUUAUUUUAAAAUAAAAGAUAUUGCUUGAUUUUUUGUGGGAGUGACAAAGUGUAGCUGCAAAACCAAUAGGUUUUUGAGUUUGAUUUUGAAAAAAGUUUAUUUUGUUACAUGUAUAUAUUUGUUAAUUCUAAAAGCCAUAUUACAGCUACAACCUUUGUAAUUGUUAUUUUAUAUUAAAUAAAUUUAUCAAUAAACA